GCGGCAGUUGUCACUGAGCAGCUGGCCACACGCUCUCUUUCAAAUGCCCGCGCUUUCCUGGCGCGGCAUCCGUUACCUGGCAACAAGUCAAGCCGACUCACGCCUCCCUCCUCCGGCGGUGACGUAGAGGCAGCGGUUGGGACUGUCGCGUGGCUACAGCUUGUUUAGAUCUCAGCGGCCAAUCACAGAGCGCGGACCUGUAGGGAGACAGCCAAUCGGCUAGCGGGAAGCCGAGCGCACGCAGCCAAUCGGGUGACAGAGUGGUUAGGAAGCUCGGAGUUUGAAACGCACGGUCUGCAGGCGCCGUGAGGUGACAGUUUGCGGCUCGGUGUCCGCCGUGAGGUGACAGUUUGCGGCUCGGUGUCCGCUGUCAGACCCGGUUAUCGGAAGCCGAGAUGCCGUCCCGCGUGGAGGAUUACGAGGUGCUGUUCACCAUUGGCUCGGGCUCCUAUGGGAAAUGCCAGAAGAUCCGCAGGAGGUCGGACGGGAAGGUGCUGGUAUGGAAGGAGCUAGACUAUGGAACCAUGACAGAGGCUGAAAAGCAAAUGCUAGUUUCUGAAGUAAACCUUUUGAGGGAACUGAAGCACCCCAAUAUUGUCCGCUACUAUGACCGCAUCAUUGAUCGAACAAACACUACUCUAUAUAUUGUGAUGGAGUAUUGUGAGGGUGGGGACCUGGCUACCCUUAUUGCAAAAUGCACAAAGGAUAGGCAAUAUUUAGAGGAAGAUUUUAUUCUUCGUGUGUUUGCUCAGCUUGCUUUAGCCCUGAAGGAUUGUCACAGAAGAACUGAUGGAGGUCACAUCGUUCUACACCGCGAUCUCAAACCUGCCAACAUAUUUCUUGAUGCCAAAAAGAAUGUUAAAGUUGGAGAUUUUGGCUUGGCCAGAAUAUUAAAUCAUGACACCAGCUUUGCAAAAACAUUUGUAGGAACUCCUUAUUACAUGUCCCCUGAGCAGAUGAAUAGAAUGUCCUAUAAUGAAAAGUCUGAUAUCUGGUCGUUGGGAUGUCUUCUGUAUGAGCUGUGUGCUCUCUCGCCGCCAUUUACAGCUUACAAUCAGAGGGAUCUGGCAGAAAAGAUACGAGAAGGGAAAUUUCGACGGAUUCCUUAUCGCUAUUCAGAAGAACUGAAUAAAUUAAUUACAAAAAUGUUAAAUCUUAAGGACUUCCUGAGACCUUCAAUAGAAGACAUUUUGCAGCAUUCUCUAUUAACGGAGUGGGUAACAGAAGAACAGAAUAAAAUAUCUGAUAAAGGAGCCCGGAGAUCUGCAGAAGCAGAGUGCUCUGUUCAUCCAGACCCUGUCCACUCAGAACUUCGAUUAAAAGAGCAGCAAUUGCAAGCAAGAGAAAAGGCAUUGAAAGAGCGGGAAGAACUUCUAGAGCAGAGGGAGCGAGAGCUGUGUGUGCGUGAAAGACUUGCGGAGGACAAGCUGGCAAGGGCAGAAAACCUGAUGAAGAAUUUCAAUGUGAUGAAAGAGCAGUGGUAUCCACCUGCUUUUGACAGUGGCAUAGAUGGAUAUCUGGAUUCCUCUUCAACUCGCAGUAAGAAGGUUCACUUUGGCACCCAAAGUAAAGAAAAUCGCAACAUGGACAAAUAUGGUUUACCACAAGAGAAAUGUACGGAACUGAAAAAAAGACUGCAGGCAGCCAACAUGCGUGCAAAAGCUUUGAGUGAAAUGGAGAAAAAUUAUCAGCUGAAAAGCCGACAGAUAUUAGGAAUGCGCUAAACGUUCGAGAAACAAAUGAUUGUACAUAAUAUUUAAAGCUACACUUUUUUCGGUGUGUAGGCCUGUAAAUAAAUCUUGACUAAACAAUAUGGAAUAAAAUACAUUGUUGCAAUGUAAACAAACUUGUAGAACAAAUAUUGAACCAGGCUCUUUAAACUAUAGCGUUGCUUUCCCUAACAGCAGUCUGUUAUUCCCGUGCCAAACCCUCUACUUGACUCAUUUAGUGAAAUGUUCUAAGCAUGUGGUGCGGAAUCCAAGAUUAGACUUACAAUUGUUUCUGCUCCGAAGGAUAGUGGUGGCCAACCACAAACUGCUCUCCAGGCACUGGUACUGCCUAAUGCUGUCCUCCGCAUGGUGCACACUGACUAUACAUGGCUCCAGAUGGCAAAAUAUAACUUGCAGUUGACUGGAAUGUGGUAGACCCGUAAGAUUGCUGUACAUCUUUCUGAUGCCAUGGCAUAAGCACUGGGCAAAUGGUACUAUAAUGUACAGACACACAGAAAAAAACAGCUUACAGUGCAGCCUGCAUUGCCUAAUGUUCCAGCCACAUAAACACAUAUUGUUUAUCUCCCCCCCCCCCCCCCCAUAAUUUUUCAUUCCCUUCACAAUAUGUCUUGUGACCUCUGGCAGCUCUUCAG